AUGAGUGUAUUAGACGAGUUUCUACCAAGACACGUAUCUGAGAAGAGGAAUAAAGUUUGUUUCGAUGAUGAGGAUUCCGACGAAGAGGAGUCAGACUCAGACUCCACUGACGGGCUUGAAAGCAAUGAUUCCGACGAGCAUGAAGUCACGAAUGACGGGGACUUUGAGUUUGACGAAGUUUAUGUUCCUGGACAACAUGAUGGGACUUACACGGAAUAUGUCGCCGAAGACUCUCCAGCUGAGCUAGAAGCAGCUGCUAAAGAAUUGCUUGAAUUGUCUGACUCGGACGAGAAUGUCGCUGAUGAAUCUUACCAAGCCGAAGAUGUAUCAGAAUUAGAUGAAGAUGAAAGUGUGUCCGACGAAGAAGAGCUGAAUCUAGAAAGUGAACGUUGGGACAAGUUUCGAUUACCCGAAGAGGAAGCUCCAGAGGAAGAUCCCGUCGACGAGUUAGCCAACAUGUUCGACAACGAAUUAUCUAUUCUUGGUGUUUCGGAAGAUGAAUACGCGGCGUUAAUUUUCAGCAAGGCUUGGGAAGAGCAAUUGCGUCUCGUGAAAGAAGGAAAGAAUGUUGAUUUUUCAGAAGACAACGAGUUUCUUCAAUUUUGGGAAAAGCAGGGGCAAAUGCUUACUUGGAAGAAUAUUGUGAUGAAACAGAUUGACAUCGAGAAGAAUGAGGUUGAUUUUCCAGAGCAGUUGACUGAAGAGCGUAGAAGCCAGGUCGAGGAGACCUGGAAUGAAUCAGCUGAUGAAGUUUACGCAGCCUGUCAGCUUUACUGGUCCAGUUGGCGCCGCGAGUUCAAUAAGACUGUUGGCCGCUCUCACUAUGACGAGUGA